CAGCCUCCCUCCCAGGCCCCAGGCGGCCCCGUACCUGUGCCCGCCACCUGCCCUUCUGCGGCUCAUCUUGUGUGUACUUGUGUGACUCUCUCCACACCUCUUGGGCCUUGAUUUUCCUGUCUGGAAAGUGGGUAUAAUGUCUAGAAAUUUCUUCAACUUCUACAGGACAGUGAGAGUGUGAGGUCAAGAGCCCACAUCCUAGUGCCCGAUUCUUUCAUGAAAUAACUGUGACCUUGGGAAAAUUUACCCUCUCUGAGCCUCUGUUCCCUCAUCCAGACAAUGGGGCUUGUGAUCCUAUCUACCUCCUGGGGCUGGAGUUUGGAAUGGACACAGCACCGUCCUCAGCAAGCUGCCUCUUACAGUGAAGACAGUUGCUACCUUUCUGGAUCACCAGGCACAGCUGUUUUUAUAUUCCUUUCCGUUCCUUCCAUCUUUUCGUAGCAGAGUAUCUUAGAUCUGGAAGAGUGUGUGUGUAGCUCUCAGAACUAUACUUUCUGUAGUUGCCGGCGGUCCUGCUAGGUAGACGCACUCCUCGUUUGCAGAGGACGAAACGAAGGCUCAGGGGAGUGUAGGAGCUUGCCCAGGACCACAGAGCUGGCAGGGGUGAAGCCCAGAUUCCACCCUGAGGCCACCUUGAGCUUCCUGGCACGAGGCACGGUUCCCCAGGGCAGGUGAGAGGCAGGCCUCUGCAGUCUGCUGCCAGAGCUCAGGAAGGGAAAGAGGCAAAUGGGCAGGGGGUAGUUAGGGAAAGCUGCCUGGAGGAGGAAGCAAGGCACAGGCUUGGGGAUAGAGGUGUGAAGUCGUCCAGAGGGCUAGAGCGGAGGAAAGGUUUGGGGCAUGUGCCAGGUAUGGGUUGUUGGAGGACCAGUGAAGAAGGUCUGGGAGGCACAUGGAGGCCCUUGGCUGGACAAGCGGCCAGUUCUGGGGAAGGAAGAUGUGUGCCAAGGCUGCUUGCUGGAAGCUUUUGGACUCAGCCUGGAAAACACCGACUGUCGCCAUCCCUGGCCCUGGUAAGCAGAGGCACUGACACACCACGCCUCCCUGGAGGCACCUGUCCUAUCUCCCGCGACACCCCCACACCAGAAUAAACACACGGGUGGAGCUCCUGUACAGGCCGAGGCCCCUCUCCCCUGUCACCCCCAAGGCAGCUCCUGUCCCCCUGGCCACAAGACAAGAUGCCCAGCUCCCUGAAGGCCCAAGAUGACCAGGCUGUUCAGCAUCGUCUCCUUCUGAGUGACUUGGCCUUUGGGGCUAUGGCCCAUAAGGCUAAUGUCCAUACUACGCCCUUGCCACUAUCCACAGGUGUCAGGGGAGAGCCCUUGUCCUCUGCCCUUACCCUUCUGCUCAUUUCUCUCCCAACACACGGGCCUCCUGUGGCACCUGAGGCAACAAACACACUCCCAGUCUCAGGUCCUCCAUGCAUGCUGUUCCCCCUGCCUGGAAUGCUGUUCCCCGUAGAUGCCCCGUAGCUAGCUUCCUCGCCUCCUUCUCAGGUGUGCUCAAGUGUUGCUUUUUCAGUGAGGCCUUCCCUGACUGUACCACGGAGAACUGUAUUCCCCUCCCCUGUUUUAUAUGUAUCCAUAGGUCAUUUCACCUACUGUAGAUUGUAUGUUUCACUUACUUGUCUAUCCUGCUAAACUGUAGCCUCUGUGAGGACAAGGAUUUUGUCUGCCUUGUUUGCUAUAAUCCCAGUGCUGGUCACAGUGUGGAAUGAAUGCGUGCCACCGCUGUGGGGGAGAUCGGGCACCCUCUUCCUGGGAGGCCAGCUCCCCUGCAGCAGGUCCGAGAUCCCAGAUCCAGGCCCUGCCCUUGCCGGCCAGGGAAGACCACAGCCGCCCAUCCUUAUCCUCAAAAGUGUGGUACGUCCAGUGACCCUUCUGGGCUUGGCCAGUUUCCCCAAGGCCCUUUGCUUGCACAUCCUGCAUUCUGGUGACCAUUCUGUGUUCAGUCUUCGUGGUGGAAACUUCCAGCUAGGCCCAGCUCACUGUCCCUUGACUACCACUUAGUGUGGCCCUGGCAGGUUAAUGUGUGCCUUGCUUCUGAAAGAGCCAACACUCAACAACUAAAAUACUUCACGGAUCUGUCUGUCCUCAGCACUGGCCUCGGCUGUCACCAUGUCUUGGCUAUUGUAAAUAACAUGCUGCAGUGAACAUCGUGGGGCAGAUAUCUGAGAUACUGACUUCAUUGCCUUUGGAUAAAGAUCCGGAAGUGGGAUUGCUGGAUCAUAUGGGGCUGCCGGGAGGCCAUCAAAAGGAUUGCCUAUGAAUUCGUCGAGAUGAAGGCCAAGGAGGGUGUGGUGUAUGUGGAGGUGCGUUACAGCCCGCACCUGCUGGCCAACUCCAAAGUGGAACCGAUCCCCUGGAACCAGGCCGAAGGGGACCUCACCCCGGAUGAGGUGGUAGCUCUGGUGAGCCAGAGCCUGCAGAAGGGAGAGCAAGACUUUGGGGUGAAGGUGCGGUCCAUCCUGUGCUGCAUGCGCCACCAGCCCAACUGGUCCCUGGAGGUGGUGGAGCUGUGUAAGAAGUACCAGCACCAGACUGUGGUGGCCGUGGACCUGGCUGGAGAUGAGAACAUCAAAGGGAGCAGCCUCUUCCCGGGACAUGUGAAGGCCUUCGAGGAGGCUGUGAAGAGUGGCAUUCACCGCACUGUCCACGCAGGGGAGGUGGGCUCCGCCGAGGUGGUGAGAGAGGCUGUGGACACGCUCAAGACAGAGAGGCUGGGACAUGGCUACCACACGCUGGAGGACGAGACUCUUUACGCCAGGCUGCGGCAGGAAAACAUGCACUUCGAGGUCUGCCCCUGGUCCAGCUACCUCACAGGCGCCUGGAAGUGGGACACGGAGCACCCGGUGGUUCGGUUCAAACAUGACCAGGCUAACUACUCACUCAACACGGAUGACCCACUCAUCUUCAAGUCCACCCUGGAAACGGAUUACCAGAUGACCAAACAGGGCAUGGACUUUACCGAAGAGGAGUUCAAGAGACUGAAUAUCAAUGCGGCAAAGUCCAGUUUCCUCCCGGAAGAUGAGAAGAAGCAGCUUCUUGAUCUGCUCUAUAACGCCUAUGGGAUGCCAUCUUUGGCCGCUGCAGCAGGGCAGCAUCCCUGAAGACGUCAUGGCCACCUCUCCAAGCCCUCACCCUGUGGAUGGAGCCUCCCCAGCGCUGUGGGGUUGAAUGACACUUACCUUUACUCCUUCGAGGAAAAUCGGCACAGUCAGCUACUGCUGCUCUUGAAGCCUGUGUGCCUGUUUCUCCAUACAUGAAUACCUCGGCACGCCGCAUCUCUCCUCUGACUACGGGCCAGAGUCUGGUUGAAUCUGAAACCUUCCUCCUAUGGGGACUCCUGCUGAAAAUCUGGUGCUCAAUAAAGAAGCCAAUGGCUGGUACUAUGCAG